ACGAGUCAUUCGUUCACAACGAGUCGGAGGGGGGGUGGUUCCGGGGGGGCCGGUGGUUCAGGGGGGUCAGGUUUUAUCCCUGUUUCCGAUGCUGAGAUGGCCAAGCUGAGGAGGGCCUCAUGCGUUUGGAAAUACGUUACGCUGGGGCAACCGGUAGGCACGUGGGACAAGUUUCACGGUGACCGCAAGUUGCGAUGCAACUUGUGCAAGCACCUGUGGCAGCGGAACCAAUCGAAGGCCACGAGGCACUUCUGCCAGUUGAAGAAGUGCCGUGUUGCGCAGUUCGACGUGCUCGUUGACAUUUGGAACGACACAGACUACAGAUUCGAUGACCGACAUCACGCAUCCAUCCGCACAUACAUGGAGGAGCACGACAUCAGAGACUCCCGAGCAGUUGCUGGAGGUCGUACAGGAGCGGAUCCUUGCACUGCAGGCAGGGACGACGUGCAGGACGUGCUUGACGAGAUGGAGGAGCGGGAGGGGGUGGAGUUGCCAGGGGAGGAGGUCGUGAUGACGUCGCGUGGGGAAGACCCUGAUAUGCGAAAGGGGAAGAGGGCGAUGGGGGAGACCGACUGGGCAGCGACUCGACUGGGGAAGAGGGUCCGCCAGUCCAAGAUCGAUGAGGUCUACACUGCGAACAAGCAAUCGGUCUUCAACGACAAGUUUUUGCAGUGGAUCUAUGACUCUGGCAUUCUGUUCAACGCGUUCAGGAGGCAAUCGUGGAGGGAGGUCCGGAAGGCGGCGGAUGAGCUGCCUAGAGGAGUGUGGAUGCGAUUUCCUUCCUUUAAGGAAAUCGGUGGAGAUGGAGUGCCCGAGCAGAGGGCGAAGGUGGCGUCUUUAUUACGGGAGGUCCGAGAGUCGUUCAGUCACAGCGGCGCCACCAUCUUGUCAGAUGGUCGGAAAUCGCGUGAUUCUCGACCCAUCGUGAACUUCCUUGCUGCAGGUGCCAAUGGAGCCCCACUCUACGCCACCAUUUGCCGCGACGGUUCUUAUCCCGUGGGAGCGGAGACUGCUGCCCCAGGCGAGAUGGGUGCGUCUCCAGAUUCGAGAUGGCGAGUUCUGGCGUUAUGUCGAGUUCUUGAUUCUUGUGAUGGAGCCCAUCCAUCAGCUGCUGAGGCGGACAGAGGAGGGAUGAUGAUGUCCAUCGUCUACGAGUGGAGCCGUCAUCUCGUUCAGCUUCUGACGAAGCUGGACGUUGUGCCGGCCGAUCUUCUGACCCCGUGCGUGCGAGAGGUCAGGAUGCGGCUCAUGCACUUGUUGGAGCCCGCGCACGCUGCCGCUCAUCUCCUAAACCCCCGUCGUCGGUCUUUGAGGUACUACACAUCCCUCCACACCACGACGGAGGAUGCGGAGGUUGUACAAGAGUGUGAUCGUUUUCUCCUUGCGCAGACUGGAGGUGAGCCCACCAGCAGGGAUUACCUCGUUGUUCGUGACCAGAUGCGCCGAUUCCAUGCGCGCAGUGGAGACUGGGGUGACAGGCUGGUGUCGGAUGCCGAGGCGGAGGGCUGCCAUGGGGAUCAGGGGACGCACCGUUGCGCGGCGUGGUGGUUUGCCCACGUCACUGCCCACCCUGAGUUACGUGCUAUCGCUAUCCGUGUGAUGCACAUGUGGACGUCAGCCUCUCCCGCGGAGAGGAAUUGGGCAGCCCACGAGCGCAUUCAGACGGCAAAGCGGAGCAACCUUGGCUUCGCCAAGCUGGCACAGCUGGUUGAGAUUACGACAAAUCUCAAACUGGCUUCAUGCAGGCAGCAGGGUGGCGGCUAUGUGCUUCCGUGGGUCAUGGAGGGUGUCGACAUCGAGAAACGGCUGCCGGACGAGGACGAGGACGGUGACCCCGAGCCUGACGUGUGGGGGGCCAGACCUGUUGGUACGUUCACCGACAUGGAGAUCACGAGGCAGAUCGAUGUUUUUCGCAAGGACGGCACAAGCCGUCCUCGAGAGGUUUCUGCCGUAUUCGGGGAUCGGGCGGCCACUCUGCUCCCUUUCGACCAUGUGCCUCCUCCCCCGUCCCGGGGAGCAGGAGAGGGUUCUGCGGCAGCCGCUGAGGACGGAGAGGAUGAUUGGUCGAACGCAGAGGAUGUGGGGGGGGGCACAGACAGGACGACGGAGCAGGUGUACUUCACGUACGGGGGCGGGUCGGACAGGCAUGCGCCGCGGAUAGUCCAUGACAGAGCGGAGUACAGGACGGAUGCGAGGGAAAGGGAGGAGACUAUUGAGGAAAGGGACGCUCGCCUGAAUCACGAGGAGGAGGCACGGUUGCAGUCCAUGCCCCGAUGGGAGGGCAGAGAGGCGUAUGAGGCCGAGCGGCCGAGGAAGAGGGAGUUAGAGACGAUAGGAGCAGGUCCACCAUCGAGCAUCGGAUGUAUGCCGACUUUUGACACGAUGCAGCCCCCCUCUGGGCCCUCUGAUGUUGUGGGUGGUGGUGCUGACACAUGCGGAUUGGACGCUGGGGGCGGGGGGCAGGCAGAUGUGCCAUGUGAGGGUGGUCCUAUCGGGGUUGUCGAGACAGUGGGGGCAGACACAGGAGUUGAGAGCUCCGACGACGGCGAGGAGUGUGCGGCCGCCGAGGCUAUUGUAGACGACAUCGUGAUUGGCAUAUGCGCGGCUGGCACAGAUGGCGGGACUCAUGGAGGGGAGGAGGGGAUGGUGGACGAGGGCAGUGUGCCUUUGCUUGAGGAGGAGUUGGUGGACGAGGGGAGUCUUCGUCUUCCACCGAUUGGAGGUCGAGGCAGCGGGCGGGGAUCUUCUUCGAGUCAUCGAGGUGGCGUUCUAGGGGGGUGGUCGUCUUGUCGGCGAGUGACGGACAGUCUGAGGAGGGACUACGAUAGAGGACGGGGGCUGUUCGCACGAGGAGCAUCGGGGGAGGGAGAUCCUGCAGCGGGUGCGAGUGAGGCUGGACGACCGAGUGUCCACACAGCAGGACGUGUACUCGGAUUGGAUAGAGUCGAGACGAGGAGGACAGAGAGGUUGAAGGUUUAUCCGGCUCGAUCAGCCAUUGACGACAAACGGCAGGGACUACCGUACACAUCGGGGGAGGAGGAUUUGCAUAUGCCACAGGGUUCGAGACAUCAUGGCUCGAUCAGGGAUCUUGAUACGGAGAUUGUUGUUGACCAGCAGCGGUUGGCGGACCUCAUUCGCGAGCGUGAGAGGAGGUCGGAGACGGAGGCACAGGCUGAGGAGGCGGACACAGAGACUGAGCCCAUCGACACAGCUAUGCGGAGAGAGAGGCAUCGGAGAGUAGCGUCCGCGGCAGGCUCACACGUUGCACCCGUAGGGAGAGAGGGAGCACCACACGGUAGGGGUCGGAUUGGGCAGAGAGGAGCAUUGGCAGGGAGACGGAGUGCAGCACGUCAUAGCACUCAUACUAGGCGCGGUAGCAGGGGUUAGCGACCUGUGUAGCACGGCAGAUUAGUUUUGUAC